CAAAUCAAUCUCUCAAAAAAUCCUUCAACUCUCCAUCAAACAAACAAAAAAAAAAAAAUGAAACACAUUUCGUGCCUUUUCUUCCUCCUCCUCAUCCUCACCCUCUGGCCUCGCCGCACCCUCACCACCGACGAAUUCGGUGACAGCGACAACAUAUUCGACCAAUCACGUCGUACCCUCACCGACGACAUCGGUGACAGCGACAACAUACUCGACCAAUCACGUCGAACCCUCACCACUGUCGGCGAUAGCGACCACAUAAUCAACCGGGCCUGUGAAGCUACGCCGUACAAGGACCUUUGCAAAGCCUCUAUUAAGGACAACAUUGAGGCCGUUGCAGACUUGUACAGCGUAGCCAACAUCGCUGUGAAGGUGGCGUAUUUAAACGCCACUGACACACAGGAGCAUGUGAAGGAGCUCCUCAGCACGGAGACGGAGGCCUUUGUACACCAAUCCCUCAUGGAUUGCUCUGCCAAUUAUGAUGAUGCGAUCGGAAACCUCGAGGACUCGAUGGCGGCAUUCGAGUCUAAAGGUUACGAUCAUAUUCAGACGUUAGUGGCAGCAGCAAUGGUGGAUCCGCAGACGUGUGAGGACUAUUUUAAUGAAAGUCCAGGCCAUACUUCACCGUUGACGAGUAGAAAUACAAUUCUUGUUAAGCUUUGUAGUAAUGCAUUGGCCAUUGUCAAGCUAGCGGCAGCUGAAAAAUGAUACUUGAUACAAAAUGUACAAAUAUGAUAAAACAUACUUGCUAGAUAACUUUUCAUUAUUUCGAGAAUUGAUGUGCCCAGAAAUAAUUAUUUAGUACUAGGUUUUUCAUUUGUAGUAGGCAAUCUUAAAUAAGGAAAUUUAAGAUAUUUUUUUUUUUUUUUCCAGAAAAUUAUGCAUUUGGUUUCUGUAAUUUAUUUAUUGUAUUAAUUUGGUUACUGUAACUCUAUUUGA